AUGUCAUCACCCGACUCGGACCCAUCCAUGUCGCCUUCCCCACGGCCGGCAGUAGACCGUCCCCAGGCUGCACCGGCGGCGCCAUGCAAUCCCUGCGACAAAGUCACCCGCGACACCGAUGAUAGCCCUAUGGCGGAGGAGACCAUCGCAAACGCCGCUUCCACAAACAAGCCGCGAUUCUGUGGCCAUUGCAGAUCGUCGUCACACUACACCGUCACCUGCCCUCGGACCACCUGCGCGGACAGGGAGCUCCGUCUCCACAGCCUCGAACCCUUCGCGCGGGCCGUUCUCAAGAAUGGGGUGCCCAAGAAUGCGCCUUGCUGCUCGAAACACGCUCAGUUUGAUCAUAGCCAGCUGACACGCGAUCUGGGCUGGAUUCUGCAACAUCGUGCACUGAUGCCGAUGUGUGUCCGAUGCGCCAGCAAAGAGCAGAGUGAGCUCGAUUUGAAAUUUGAGGUUGAUUUUCGUGGAUCACUCGAUAGCUGUCACUGCGCCGCAUUCGUCUUCGACAACGACGUAUGCCAGUGGUGCGCCGUCGAGGAGCUGAUAAAACGCUGUCGAGACUACAUGUCCGUCAAUACGAUCAAGCUUGGCCCGGAUCCUGGCAAAUCUGUGUCGUACCUCCGUUGCGAAUGCCGGAAAGCUCCCAUGGGAACAUCGUAUGGUGCGUCGUCAUCGCCGCUACUUGUCCGCGAGGUUCUGCGAUUAUGCGCGGGCUGUACAGGAGUCGUGAAUGUUCCAUUGCAUCAUCUGAACGGAGAAUCUCACCUGUCGUGUAUUCCUGGCACACCGAGCAGAGCACUACUUGAUGAACAUGGAAUUGUGGCGAAGAGCGUGGAAGCGCCUCUUGUGGGAAUGAACGACACCGAAACGUGUAUAGGCCAUCCGGUACGAAUAGUGGCUCAACGUAUUGUUGCUGUUAAGCACAAGGACAAGCGGAGGGAGUCUGCGGGGAGGCUGCCAGGAUCGGGGGACACGGGACUGCGAUCUCAGGCAUCGGGGGGAACAACAACACAAUCAGAUGCCUCGAGAGGGGUGGUAACACGACCGCACGCCUCGGGGGGAUCAUCAACACGAUCGCAUGCCUCGGGAGGAGUGGCAAUGCCGUUGCAGGCCUCGGGAGGAAGCGCAAAAAGAUCGUCGGUACUCGACGGGACGCCAAGCACCCAGCAGCAACAGGCACCAGUGGCGUUGAUGGUUCCGUCGACUCCCACCCAUUUCUCGAGCGAUGGCAGGGAGAAGAACAACGCAACAGGGCAGCUGAACCAGGGCUUCAGGUUUCCUAAGUAG